AUGCCCGCUAUUGCCAAUUGCUCUUCAGUGAUUCACAACACGAGGGCAUUCCCAUCUUCUUCUUCCUCGCACGAUAGCAUCGCCAGAUUUCUCCAGCAAAAUGGGAGUUCUGUGGAUUCUCUCGCUCAGCUCAUUCGAUCGUGCAGGGGAGAUCUCUCACAAACACGGAGAGUACACGGCUACAUCCUCGCCAGCGACGCUUACCGGUCCGACCGCCAUCUCGCGAAUUUGCUGGUGGAAAUGUAUGGCAAAUGCGGGAGCCUGGACGAAGCCCAGCGAGUUUUCGAUCGCCUGGAACGCCCAAACAUCGUGUCGUGGACGAUUCUCAUGGGAAUAUACACGGAAAACAGGGAGAUCGCCAAAGCGAGACGGGUCUUUGACCAAAUGCCCCACAAGGACGCGGUGGCCUGGAACGCGAUGAUCAAGGCAUAUGCCCAACUUGGGCAUCUAGACGAAGCAAAGGUCGUCUUUGAUCGAAUGCCUGAUCACGACGUUUCAUCUUGGAACACUUUGAUUGCUGCAUAUGCGCAAAACAGCAGUGUUUACGAAGCCAAGCAGAUCUUCGACACCAUGCCCGAUCGAAACGUUGUCUCAUGGAACGCGAUGCUCGCAGCAUUUGCCCAGAACGGGCAUAUCCACGAAUCGAGAAAGCUCUUUAACGCGAUGCCGCAGCGCGACGUUGUUUCUUGGACCGCGAUGGUCACGGCAUACGCUCAGUGCGGAAAACUGCCCGAGGCCACUGCGAUCUUUGACACCAUGCCUGAGAGAACCUUAAUCGCUUUCACUGUUCUUAUCGCUGUAAAUGCCCAGCAAGGGCAUCUUUUACAAGCAAAACUUCUCUUUGAUCAAUUGCCACAGCAGGAUUCUCACACAUUGACGGCUAUGAUCACCGCGUACGGACAGUCCGGUGAUGUCGUACGGGCCCAAAGACUCUUCGACCAGAUGCCCAACCCGAACGUCGUCUCUUACACCGCUCUCGUGGCGGCAUAUGCCCAAGCAGGGGAUAUUCUCUCGGCUCGACGAAUUUUCGACCGGAUUCCCCGUAGGGACGCGGCGGCUUGGAAUGCAAUGGUCUCGGCAUAUGCCCAAAACGGGCAUCUGGAGCAAGCAAAGGAUUUCUUUGAGAAGAUGCCCAGCCGUACGAUGAGCUUCAAGAAUGAAGUUACUUGGAACGCGAUGAUCUCGGCGUACGCACAAGCCGGGCUUGGAAGCCAAGCAAUGGAGCUCUUCCACACCAUGGGACUGGAAGGGGUCUCUCCAAACGAUAUAACUUUCCUGGGAAUCCUCUCGGCCUCGGCGUACGGAGGAACCUUGGAGGACGCGUGUUACUACUUCGAAGUGCUGACCCGUGAGUACGGAAUAGCCGCGAGCGUGGAUCACUUCACUUGCUUGAUCGACUUGCUUGGCAAGGCCGGACAGUUGGACGUUGCCGAGAGGUUGAUCCAGUUGAUGCCUUGCAAGCCUGACGCUGUCGCCUGGAUCACGCUGCUUGGAGCUUGUAAGAUCCAUGGCGAUGUAGCCAGGGGACUGAGAGUCGCGGCACGGGCUUUCAACUUGGAUCCUCAGCAAAAGGCGUCUUAUCUGCUGCUGUCCAACAUUUAUUUCCAGGCCGCCACUGGAAGAGGCGUCAACAAAGCGUUAGCAAACAGAUUGCUCAAAAGAACUGGCCUGGAGCUCUCAAGUUCAGAGAAGAAGGAAAUCGGCUAG